AUGUUUCCAUCAAUAUUUGCAAGAUCCUGGGUGCCAUUCUCAACUUUUGCUUCCCCAGCUGCGGAAUUUGCUGCUAUUGAGCAGCAUGAAUAUAUUGACCGCCGAAGGACAUUAGCAGCUCGGCUGAGGGACGACAUUAGUGAUGAGAAGGCGAGACGCCCACUUGUCAUCGUUAUAGCUUCAGCAAGACAGCAGUUUUAUGCACCGGAUGUUCCGUAUCCGUAUCGUGAAUCGUCGUAUUUUCGGUAUCUGACUGGAUUAGUGCAACCGAAAUCCGUACUGACGAUUGUUGAUCGUCACAAUGAAUGGCCACAAUCAAUUUUAUACGUCACAAAAAAAACGGCUGCAGAAGAACUGUGGGAAGGCCCAGGACAAUCUCUUGCAACUAUUGCAGCGAUUUCUGGUGUCGAUGAAGUUCGUGACGUUGGAUUGCUGGGUGAAGAUCUUGAGAAAAUUGGGUCUGCAAUAGCCUCUUAUGACACGGAACAGUUUAGAAGGGGAGAUUGCGUAUUCGACGUGUUGUCUCCUUGCGGACAAAUUCUGCCUCUUCGUCAGUAUAUAGAUAAGGUACGAUGGGUGAAGUCGCCGAGCGAACAAAAUCUCAUGCGUAAGACAUGUGAAGUAGGGGCAAAAUCAAUGAACGCAAUGAUCUCGAAAUGUCUUGGUAUUGAAAAUGAAAACGAGGUUGUAGGACGGCUUGAGCUAGAAAUGAGGCGCAGAGGAGCAUCAUAUCCUGCUUAUCCACCCGUCGUAGCUGGCGGGACCCGUGCCAAUACGAUACAUUAUCUUGAUGCAAAUCAGAAAUUAAACGAGGACGACUGCGUAUUGGUGGAUGCAGGAUGCGAGUAUAAAGGUUACAUAAGUGAUAUAACUCGGGUGUUUCCUGUUGCAGGAAGCUUCACGAGUGCUCAAAGGGCCCUCUACGAAGCCCUCUUGUACGUACAUAAAGAACUUCUUAGAAUAGUUGAAACUGUAAGGCCUCUGACGUUAAACCAACUGUACGUCGAAAUGAUAAACGAAUUAGGGAAAAACUUGUACGAACUGAACAUUUUUUCUGGUGAACUGGAUGGCCAGCAGUUAAUUCAUGAGGUAGAUAAGCUUUGUCCUCAUCAUGUCAGUCAUUACCUUGGGAUGGAUGUGCACGACACUGCUACCGUGUCUCGGAACACACCUGUGGUUCCUGGAGUCGUUUUCACCGUAGAACCCGGUAUAUACAUCCGCACAAAUGACAAUACUGUCAAAAAAGAAUUUCGUGGUAUUGGCAUGCGUAUAGAGGACGAUAUUCUCAUUACGAAAGAUGGGUGCGAAGUUUUAACGCAACAGUGCUUGAGCGGAAGCCAUGAAAUUGAACGUCUCAUGAGACCCUACUAA